AUGCCAGGAUAUUCCACUCCUACAACAAAGGCUCGAAUUUGUCGUGACAAAGCAGCAGGUCUACAUGAGGCAGAAAUUGCCGAAAAGUUUGGCCUACAUCGCACUACUGUGCUCCAUAUUGUCAAGCAGUAUGCUCAAACUGAAGACUACUAUGAUAUCAAGGCAAAACCAGGCCGACCUUGCAAGUUCACACCCCAUGACGUUCGUGUGGCAGUCCGUGCAUUGGCACGCACUGAGGCACAUGAUGUUGCUGAUUUACAAAAGGAAUAUUUCCCCGAGAUCAAUCCCCAAACAAUCCGGACAAGACUCAAAACAUGUGGCUUAAAUGCUUACAUUCGCCGUACGAAACCCCUUUUGACAGAAGCUCAC